AAAAUAAAAUUUUAUGAUCGUGUUAAAUAUAAUAUAAUGGAUUUAGAUGUGGAAGAUUCGUUAACUAAAUUAAAUACUCAAUUGAAUAAAAGUAUGGUUCUAAUGGAUACAAAAGAAAGUGAAAUAUUUCAAUCAAAAAGUAAAAAAUCCAUAAAGAUUAAUACAAAAAUUCAACUUGCUAGUCCACCUAUUACUUCACCCAUAUCUAGAAAAAGUAUUUUAAAAAAAACUGAAAAAAUCAUAGUAGAAAAUGACUUAGAACAAAAUAAAGAUAAUAAUGAUUCUUUAAAUGAAACAAAUCAUAGCAAAUUAUCUAUAAAUGCAACGCCUACUAUAAGACCACAUAAUAUUAAUGAUUUAAUACAAGGAGAAAACUUAAUUGUAGAAAAUACAGAAUCUACAUUUAAUUUGGAUGAUUUAUCUGAUAAUGAAGACAUAUGGAUCAUGGAUAUUCCUACAACAAUAGAUCCAAGAGAACUUAAAGGUCAAACAUUAAUAUUUGGAGAAAAAUCUAAAUUUAAGAUUAAUGAUGAAAAAUAUUGUGCAGUGAAUCAAGAAGUUAAAUGUAAUAUUACAUGUGUACUUCAGACUGGCAAAAUAAAAUCACGAUAUAAAACUGUUAAUUUGAAGCCAGCAGGCACAAUUACAGUCAGACGAAAACUUUCAAAUAUUCCAAAAAAACCAAUACAAAUAGAAAACUGCAGUGUACCAUUCCCAAAAAAUUUGAAAAUUCGACAUCCAUUAUUUGGUGUAAGUUAUGAAGGUAAUAUUAAAAACGUGCAAUAAAGUAAUUAAUCGAAAA